AUGAGGGUCCGUUUAAUUCCAGUCGCCCUGGUGGCUGUCGGCAUAUUUAUUUUGACCUGGGCCGCACUAUCUAAGUCCUGGACAGGCUCCGGCGAAAAUGUGGCAUUCUGUGCGGAUUGCUUAGGCUAUGUCAGAGACGUCGAUACGAUGUUCCAGAAGAAUACUGGAGCUUGGGCCAACUCGCAGUUCUUUCGUUACGCACUCGAUAAAUCGUGUCGAGGUCGGAUUUUGAUUACCGGUCGAUGUCUGCAGUAUCGACGCCGGCUUCUUGAGAAGCCAGCGAUUUCCAUGUCGCAACUUGAUAGUCCAUAUGAGGCCUUCAGCACAAGUCAGGGCAGAAGAAGCGGCAUACAACGCCGACAGAACUUGGAGAUUCGCUAUACAUUGCUCAGAAUGCUGAGCAAGAUUCGCAAUGCUGCCUCCCUCAAAGGCGGCGAUCCGAUCAACUCAGAAAUUUGUGACGACGACCAAAUAUAUGGCCAUAUCUUUGAGCCUCAUGGGGUUGGCCUUGUGCCACAGAGCGAGAGAAAGCCAUGCUUCAUGUCCCUUCCACGAGCGGGGCUUGACUUCAUAAUAUUUCUGAUUACCACUUCGAUCGCAUAUUCCUCGAUGCAGAUGGAGGAAGCGCUACUCAUCCUAUGCGGUCGGCAAGUUACCCUACAGGAGAUCGAGGGAGCAAGGGCCAAUGUGUCACGAUACAUGGUCUACCCACAGAGCUACGCGGGCCAACAGACAGGGCGCUAA